AUGACGUCGAAGUUUGAUUAUGUUGUUUGUUCGAUUGAAGAGUCACAUGAUGUUGAUACUCUUUCAAUUGAUCAACUAACAAGUUCGUUGAUGAUUCACGAGCAAAGAAUCAAUCAACAUGAAUCUGUUGAACAAGCAUUGCAGCUGCAACACUCCAACAAUGGUAAUUCUUCAAAGAAGAAGGACAAAGGAAAGAAACACUAUGAUGGAAACUCUAAGGAGAAAGGAAGCAACAACAAAGGAGAUCAACCUUUCGACAAAUCAAAAAUGCAAUGUCGUCGAUGUAAGAGGUAUGGCCAUUUUGAAGUUAAUUGUCGAGUUAAUUUAUCUAAGAAGAAUGGUGAAAGGUCGAAUUUUGCAGAGAAAGAUGAUGAGACAGAAAUAAGUUUGUUAAUGGCAUGUCAUCACCAAGAAGAGAUUGAUCAUCGAAACGAUAUGUGUUACUUGGAUACAGGUCCAAGUAACCACAUGUGUGGAGAUAAAUCUUUUCUUAGUGAUUUGGAUGAAACUUUUAUAAGUACUGUGAAGUUUGGGGAUAAUUCUACUAUUGUCGUGAAGGGAAUAAAAGAUAUCAAAUUUCAAGCCAAAAACAACACUCAGCAAGUCAUCUCAAAUGUGUUUUAUGUUCCUGGUUUGAAGAGCAAUCUACUAAGUGUCGGCCAACUAUUAAAAAAUGGAUAUGAACUCACUCUUAAGAAUGGAGUUUGCCGAAUUUAA